AUGGCCACUGUCAGCUACGACAAUGUCACUCAGUUGCUAGCUGUCCAUGUCAAGAUCGGCGAUAAACUGUACAACGUCAGCAUGUCAGUUGACCUGAGGAACUACCUGCCACAGUUUGUUGCCGUGGGCUUCUCAGCGGCGACUGGUGUGAUAAGCGAGCUGAACGGCCAGAGCCAGAUAUUAUCAUGGUCAUUCAGCUCCACUAUGGAACCCAAGCAGCAAAAGCAACCCCAGAAGAAUAGUACCAUUCUGCUGUGGAUGUGGGGUCUGUACGGCCGGAACACGAUCCUUGACGCGGCGGACAAGCGGCUGAGGGCCGCCGGCGACGAGGCUGAUGACAGGUGCAUGGAGAGGGUGCUCGUCGUCGGACUGUGGUGCGCGCAUCCUGACCAGAGCGAGCAGCCGUCCAUCGCGCAGGCCAUGCAUGUUCUGCAGUCGGAGGACGCCAGGCUUCCAGAGCUCACGCCUCAGAUGUACAGGACGGUGUCUGAGUUCGCCGUCACUGGACGUGCUGUCGACGCAUUGUCCGUUCAGAGCUCCUCUUCCACGACCACGAUGACAACCGGCGGCCAUUCCAAGCUCUCUGCCGAGUCGGCGUCCUCGGCCUUGCUCCGGGAUUCAAAAGAGUUGGCUUGA